AAGUUAGUGCAUGAAAAUUGGGCGGUGAGAAAGGGCAAUAUCCAUACAUAACAGGAUAGGGAAAAAAAUCCACACAGGAAUGGCGAUUUCCUCUACGUCGCUCACCUUCAUUUCGAAGCCGCUGAAGGAACUGCCUGGCGUCGGUAAUUGGGAGUUUGCAGCAGCUUCCGCACACCGGAAUGUGGUGGCGAAGUGUUCGACGAACGCCUCUCCCGCUCAAUGCACAACUCCGGGAAUCUGUAGACGAAGUGCAUUUGCACUCGGAAUAGGAGCAUUGGCUGUGAAUUUAUUCCCUACAAGCCCUCUUCUGGCAGAAGGUGUACCAGAAAAUUAUACCAGCUUUGUCGAUAAAGUUGAUGGCUAUUCAUAUUAUUAUCCCUCAGAUUGGAGAGACUUCGAUUUCUUGGGACAUGAUUCAGCAUUUAAGGAUAGAUUAAUGCAACUUCACAAUGUAAGAUUGAGUUUCAUACCAACAAAGAAAACUGAUAUCCGUGAUUUGGGACCGAUGCCGGAGGUUGUUCAACAUCUUGUGACAAAUAUUUACUCAGCGCCCUCUCAAGUAGCAGAUGUAUUAGAUAUGCAAGAGAGAAAUAUUGAUGGCAGAAACUACUACACGUUUGAAUACAUUCUCACGUCUCCAAAUUUUGCCCGAGCAGCCUUUGCAACAAUAGCUAUUGGAAAUGGAAGAUACUAUACAUUGAUCGUCGGCGCGAACGAGAGGCGAUGGAGAAGAUACCGAAACCAGCUCAAAGUGGUGGCCGACUCCUUCAGAGUUCUGGACAUCUAAACACAAAAAAACACCCGAAAACUGUGUAUGUCUCCUUCCCUCCCUAUGCUUUUCACUCUAUAAUUCUCCUGAAAUACACUCUCUGUUGAUAUCUCACUCUGUUUUAGAUCAUAAAACUUGCUGAACAGUUUCUAAUAAGAUUUCCCACAACCAAACUCUAAUGCAAAAAAACAACCAACCAAAAACAAGGAUCCUACGAUCCUCCUCUGUACAAAAUUACAUUACAAAGAAUUGCCCUUCCAAUAAAAGAUGUACACACUAAAAACACAUCCAAAACAAAACAAAAAAAAAAAAAAAAAGAAAGAAAAAUGAAA